GGGAAGGAGGGGUCUUAAGGGGCGGCGAGCCCAGGUCGGACUUCCUCGGAGCCUGGUGAUCAGCCGCGCUCCCACCUAUCCCUCUAACUCGCUGCCGCCACCCUGCCCAGUGUCCUCCGGAGUCCCGGACCCGAGCACGAUGUGGAAACGCUGCCUGGCGCUCGCGCUGGUGACCAUCGUCCUGGUCCACGGCGAGGAGGAACCAAGAAGCAAAUCCAAGAUCUGCGCUAACGUGUUUUGUGGCGCUGGCCGGGAAUGUGCCGUCACGGAGAAGGGGGAGCCCACGUGCCUCUGCAUUGAGCAAUGCAAACCUCACAAGAGGCCUGUGUGCGGCAGUAAUGGCAAGACCUACCUCAACCACUGUGAACUUCAUAGAGACGCCUGCCUCACCGGAUCCAAGAUCCAGGUUGAUUAUGAUGGACACUGCAAAGAAAAGAAGUCUGUGAGUCCAUCCGCCAGCCCCGUUGUCUGCUAUCAAGCUAACCGUGAUGAGCUCCGACGUCGCAUCAUCCAGUGGCUGGAAGCCGAGAUCAUUCCAGAUGGCUGGUUCUCUAAAGGCAGUAACUACAGUGAGAUCCUAGACAAGUACUUUAAGAGCUUUGAUAAUGGUGAUUCUCACCUGGACUCCAGUGAAUUCCUGAAAUUCGUGGAACAGAAUGAAACAGCCAUCAACAUCACCACGUAUGCUGACCAGGAGAACAACAAACUGCUCAGAGGCCUCUGUGUGGAUGCCCUCAUUGAACUAUCUGAUGAGAACGCUGACUGGAAACUCAGCUUCCAAGAGUUCCUCAAGUGUCUCAACCCAGCCUUCAACCCUCCUGAGAAGAAGUGCGCCCUGGAGGACGAAACCUAUGCAGAUGGAGCCGAGACCGAGGUGGACUGCAAUCGCUGUGUCUGUUCCUGUGGACACUGGGUCUGCACAGCAUUGACCUGUGAUGGAAAGAAUCAGAAGGGGGUCCCGACCCACACAGAGGAGGAGAAGACAAGAUAUGCCCAGGAACUCCAGAAGCAUCAGGGAACAGCGGAAAAGACCAAGAACGGAAACACCAAAGAGAUCUAAGAAGAGGCAUGUCGUCGCACCGGGUCCGGAGCCCAGCACCUCCUCUUCAGGGCUGAGCCCGGUACACACCGAGUCCGCAGCAAUCACCAAAUCACCAGUAUUUGCUUGUAUGGCAGCGAAUCUUAUUUUGUUUGUUUUGCAGUAAAGGAAAUGAGGGCGGCCAGCUAGCGAGGGAAGGCCACAGCCUUCAUCUCUAGGAAUGCUUUAAGAGAAACUAAAGGGUACCUGGGGGAGGGCGGUGGGAGGGGGAGGCAAGCAAGGAAACAGCGUGGGGUUGGCAGGGGAGCAGAGGCAGGUCUGAGGGAAGCCUUUCUGGGGUCCCAGCAGCCGCGGGGAGAGUCCAGGAAAAACAUGGGAUGUCAGGGGAAGCACUGAGCUGGCCCUACGGAGGAAGUGGGGGGAGCAUUGUGGGGGGAAACCCUGCCGCUUUGACCCUUGUCGCCACUGUCAGCAUGACCGACCUGCAGCAAAUCUGCUUCUCCUUUUGGUCCCAACAGUCACCGUCUACACGGCCCCCCACUAGUUACGGUCUCCCCUCAGGCUUGGAUGGAGUUUCCUGGAGGGUGUGUUUAAAUGAUGCAGAUUCGUAUGUACUUCAAGCGCCAUGGAGACCUAACCAAAAUUUUAAAAUACAUUUUUCUUUUUUUACCAAAGGUGCUAUUUCUCUGUAAACAGACUUUUUUUUUCCGCAAGCUGACUUCAUUCCUCAGUUAUUACCAUUAUAUUAUUGUUUUUUUUUAAUAUUUCAUUUUUUGACUAGAUAUUAAGCUUUUGUAAUUAUGUUUUCAUUAGUCCUACCAUUUCAGAAGUGAAGAUGAAAGGAGUUUGGGCAUUUUUCCAGGUACAGGGAACUCUGUAACACAGGCGACCCCUUACCCUGCCACAUUACUAGACUGGAUGCAGUCCAGAGCUACCGCACUCCCACCCAGGGCUUCCAGAAGAUCAGCCACGAAGCACGAGAGGCCCCUCAGACAGAAGCCAUAGGACACAGCAUCUUCAUAGACGGUUGCUGAGAUCCAAAAAGUUAACCUGGUUUUGUUUCGUGUAAGACGUCCCAAGUGUGGAAGCGCAGGCUAUCCCAGCCUGCUGUGAUCUGUGGCUAACUGGCAGAACACGCGACUGCGGGCCUGGCUGCUCCGAUUUCUGGGUGUCCGUUUCCUUAGUGAACUGAGAAGAAUGCAUCUUGGGGUUUAAUAAAUGGUAGUUUGUGGUUUAGGCAACUGGUCUGGAGAGAGCUAAGGUGUCCUGUGAUGAGCUACUUUCUCCUUAGGAUAGAUGAAUUCAUACCAUAAGAAAAGACAGCCAGGAAUAGCAAUGCCAGGUUUUGCUUUGGUAGAAACAAUCCUAGCAGGUGGCUGGGUGUGAGGACUUCAUGGUCACCCAGGGAGGGAGUGCGAAGGACAGUUAGCAGCUUCCUUAGCAGUGGUGCACAAUAGUGCAAUCUCUGGAGUCAGAGGAUUCCGCGUACAGGUGAUGAUACACGUUUUCGGACUUGAGAGCGGUUAAAACUGGAGAUUGAAUCUGGAUUGAGUUUUAACUCAGCACCAGGGGAGAAACUGUGGUUGAAAGUCAAUCCUUUCUUUGGGCCUCUGAUUCUCGGACUCCCUUAUUGUCCUGUUUCGUGUGCAUUUAACAUAGCAAAAAAAAAAAAAUCAAAA